AUGUCUCUGGCUCGACUGGCUACAAUUCUGGCCAUUUUUUGUGCUUCCCGCCUUUUCUGGGAAGGCACAGCUUUCGCAGGCAUUGUUUCAAGGCAGAGGACCACAAGCCCCGUCCAGCUUCGAAGCUCACAGUGGGUUGGACAGUGGGCUUUAAAGGAUGCUCCAGAAAAACAUGCCAACGAUUUCAGCCUCGACCUCGGUAAGCAGCGCGAUGCAUGGUUCAAGCUGGACAAGUGGUAUGGGGGGAAGAUGACCAACCAGCAGUUCAAAGCCACGCUCGACGAAACCCAGCAGGACUACCUGUUCGAGUACCUCGAGUCACACUAUGGUGGAAAUUAUGGCUUGCUUGAAGCCAUGUUUGAUGUUUUUGGCCAGGAUGCAGAAGAUUACCAAGACGAGAAUGACCAGGGGUAUGCAUACUCAUGA